AUGUUCCUGUCAGCCAUUAUCCUGACUCAGGCUGAUAAUGUACUCGUGAUCGAGUAUGGCGACAAUGUGCAUACGUCCGGUGUUUUCGACCCACCUGAGUCCACCUGGCAGCGUGGUCAAGGAGGCGAUAGUGGCCCGACCUGGACCUUCAACUCGUUGCCAAAUCCCGAAGUCCUAAAUCGGACCGCCUUUGCUAGGGUGGGCCAGUUGCUAGGCCUGGAGUGGUAUUAUACCAAAACCGAUGGCUUAUUUCCACUCCCAGAGGACAUGUCGAAUGAAACGUUCCUCGCCGACACCAUCACUGGAUUUAACGAGAUACCUGCUCGCGGUCCUUACACCCUUGCCCUGGCUAAUAUGGCUCUCUAUUCAUCUCUCGCGGAUAUAACCCCGGGAUAUCAAUCGAUCGUAGCGGAUAUCCGGAAUCAAGUAGCUAAUGAUGUCGCAGCAUCAUACCUCCCGCCAAGCUACCGCGACGAUCCGACAAUGAUAGCUGGCUAUAAGCACCAACUUUUAGCGCUAGCAGAUUUCCUAGAGAACCCCGAGGCACCGAGUCUAGAGGGCCCUUACGUCACAGGCGGUGACACCUUCCUUCCUAUCAUGCUUCACCCACUGAGCCGCGGUACUGUGCGGCUCAACGCUGCUGACAUCCUUGACCAGCCUGAGUUGGACUACCGGUCGAUUUCGAACCCUAUUGACCUUGAUAUCCACCUCGCCCAUACCAAGUACCUCCGCCGGGUUUUCGAGACGCCUACAGUACAAAAGUACGGACCUAUAGUGACCGAGCCCCGAAUCAUGUUCAGUCAGAUGAGGACCUUGUCCAAUGGAUCAAGGAGAAGAUGUUGA